GACGUUCAAGUAUAAUGUUUCCCGCCACGAAAAUCAUCAAUGGACCGUCGCCAGGACCUGGUGCGCGGACGCCGUUGAAGCGCUGAAAGAAAGAGAGGUAGAGCCCGUACCAUCGACCGACUGUUGGCGUGGCCGUCAUCGUCACAGUCCCGCGGCCGCAUUCUCAGGCGCAGUUACGGUAGCAGCUACGUUUCGACGAAUCCCCUAAUACAACCCCAAUUUUGUGGCCAUCCAUCCAUCCCCUCGACAAGUCGACGUGCUACCCUCGCAAAUUACGAACGCGAUGAUGCUGAGUCACGACGGAUUUCUGGUUGAGUAAAAUGUGCGGCGUCUGCAAUGUUGAAAACCAGCCGGUUCAAGUGAAAGAUGCAUCUUGGCGUGGUUGAUUUGUGUCUUGUGAUUCGAUUGUGAUAAAAAACGCGAGACGGGGCCCGUUCUCCGUAGUGUAAACUCGAGGUCUUAACAUUAAACCCCCUUGAAUAAUGCUAGACAGUAGAACCAAACAUUAUCUACAUUGCUGUCUUUUUGUUUCGUUCAUUUUUCUAUUCGAGAUACUGAGUGGCGGUCUUAAGUUCGACAAGUCGGUGUACGAGAUCAACCCAUGGGUACGUUACGGGUAUUUAGGCGCUUCCGUCUUAUACUUCCUGAGAUUCAUAGCAUUCCUUUCGUUACCUCAAGUACUCUUCAACUUCAUAGGACUCACCUUCUACAACGCCUUCCCCGAUAAAGUGAUCCUAAAGGGGUCUCCUCUAUUAGCCCCCUUCGUGUGUUUCAGAGUAGUGACCCGGGGUGACUUUCCUCAUCUGGUCAGAACCAACGUGAACCGCAACAAGAACAAAUGUAUAGACGCCGGUCUGGAGAAUUUCCUCAUCCAGGUCGUGACCGACAAGCCCAUCGGGCUGGAACAGGAUAAGCGAGUGCAGGAGAUCGUGGUGCCAACGACCUAUCGGACCAAAACCGGCGCCCUAUUCAAGGCUAGGGCCCUGCAGUAUUGCCUAGAGGAUGAUGUCAACAUUCUCAAUGAUACCGACUGGCUGGUGCACCUGGAUGAAGAGACCAUACUCACGGAGAAUUCGGUGAGGGGCAUAUUGAAUUUUGUCAUGGACGGAAAGCACCAGUUCGGACAGGGGCUGAUAACCUACGCUAACGAGGAGGUAGUCAAUUGGAUCACAACUUUGGCCGACACUUUCAGGGUCACUGAUGACAUGGGGAAGCUCAAGUUCCAGUUCAGGAUGUUCCACAAACCCCUAUUCAGCUGGAAGGGAUCAUUUGUCGUUACACAGGUGGGAGCAGAGAGAGCAGUCUCUUUUGACAACGGAAUAGACGGGUCCAUAGCGGAAGAUUGUUUCUUCGCCAUGAGGGCAUACGAGAAAGGAUAUAGCUUCAAUUUCAUAGAAGGAGAGAUGUGGGAAAAAUCCCCCUUCACGCUUUGGGAUUUCAUACAGCAGAGGAAGAGGUGGCUGCAGGGCAUCUUCCUAGUAGUACAUUCCAAGCAAAUUCCCUUCAAGAACAAGAUUUUGCUCGCCAUAUCCUGCUACUCAUGGAUGACGAUGCCGCUUUCACUGUCGAAUCUCGUAUUAGCUUCAAGGUAUCCGAUUCCAUGCAACCCUCUAGUCGAUUUUCUCUGCGCUUUCAUCGGAGCAGUCAACAUGUACAUGUUCAUCUUCGGCGUAAUCAAAUCCUUCACGAUCUACCGCAUAGGACUGGCACGUUACAUGCUCUGUUUGGUGGCAGCGUUUUUUGUCAUACCAUUCAAUAUGGUCAUUGAGAAUAUUGCCGUCAUCUGGGGUGUAUUUGGCAGAAAGCACGCCUUCUACGUAGUGAAUAAGAACCUUAAGCCAGCAGUAGUGAUAUAGAGAAAAUUUACCGGAAAAUCAAAACUUUUAGAUGUGAAUUACUACCUGUGUAUUAUUUAUUGUGAAUACUGAUGUUUGGAAGGGAGAAAAAUGUUCAUUUGAGUUAUAGGCUAAGUACCAGUGACUGGCAGACCUGGUCCAUAUUGUAAACUAUAACAUCACACUUUAGUAUGUCAGGCAUUGUGUUACUCCAUAGGGUAACUAUAAAAUAAGAUUUUUACUAUUGUUCAGGUCUGGCAUUUACUAUAUUACCGUCUAUCACUUGACAAGGAUGAUAUAUUAAACAAUUUAUUUAAAAUUCUUAAAUUUUAAGGAGCAAAGACCAAAACUUUCGUAUGUAAUCAAAAAUGUAUCCUCAAUAGGACAAACCUUAUCUACUGUUUUUUUUUUUAUGGAAAUAUACUUUGAUUUUCAACCCACAUUCAAUCCAUUCUAAUUCUACCCGGAACAAAACGACAACAUGAAAAACAUUUAUUUUCACGUAAAAAAUGUUACUUACCUUCAUUUCUUUAUUUUGAACAAAUACUCAGAACAUAUAUAUGAAGUUGAUUUGUUAUCUAUUUAAAUUAGUAAAAUGGCAAAUCAAAUAUAUUUUUAAACGUUGUUUUUUGUUGAGUAUAUUUAAAAUAAUAAACUAAGAAUUAUUUUCUUAUUAUCCUGUUUUUUUAAUUCGCAUAUUGUACCUCGAUGUGAAUAAUGCUCCUACAGUCAUAAUUGAGAGAAUUUUCAUUCCGCCUGCAAAGUGGUAUUAACUGAAAAAAAAUGCCUUCUUUCAGAAAAGAGAUCAAUAAUAAUUGAAUACUACGAUCUACUGUUUACCGCGGCUUCGACAACACCCUCAAAUACUCCCAUGAAUCUCAAGUUUUUGCAUGUUUUUUUAAUGUAUGUAGGUACCUAAAUACUGAUUAUGUUCCGCUCUAUGCUUUAAUGUAUUUAUUUAUUGAUUCAAAAACACAAUAAAUUCACAUGCCUCAUUUCA